GACGGACAGUGGCAGGGAGGCGCAGAGAAUUGAAGAUCCUUCAAUGCGGUUUGGUGGCAUCCCCCCACUGGCCCCUAGCUGCCCUCUGCGCCUUGCCCCUCCGGCCUCCCUCUCUCUCGCUGCGCAUGUGGAGCCCCGCGCAUGGGGCGACGGGCGGGCGCGCACCCCACACCGGCCGCCUCCCCACCUACAUAAAACCCCUUUGCAGUUUUGCAGCAGCGAGAACCUCCAGCUACCUGCAGCUCCGAGCCUUUACCCGCUUUGACUCCACUCUACCACUCCAGUGUUGCCCGUCUAGCCGCUGCAUCCGGGCUCCGGCUCCCCCGGCCUCUUCCCCAACGCCCCUAGCUAGCUCGAUCCGCACGUUAAAGACCUUCGCUUGCUUUCUCGUCAAGCCUUCAGCGCCGCGCCGCAGCGUCAUCGGUCGUCGCCGUAGCUGUCGGCCGGCCCUGAUCUUGCGCGUGCCGUGUGCGGCGGCAUGAGGGCGAGGCGGUGGUCUCGCGCGGCGCUGGUCGCGUGCUUAGUGCUCCUCGCGGCCGCGUGCGCCGCCGAGUCGCGCGCGGUGCCCGGCGGCAGCGGCAAGGCGGCCGCGGCCGCUGACGGCGGGAGGCCGAGCGCGUUCGACGUCGUGGUCGUCGGCCUCGUCAGCAUCGGGCUUGGACGGCGGUGGCGCGCCGGCGGCGGCGACGAGCUGGUCGACGAGGACAAGCGCCGCGUGCCCACGGGGCCCAACCCGCUGCACAACAGAUGAGCACCGUUCCUCGCUACAGUAGCUUCUUAUUAAGCUGCAGCCAUUUCUACUGCGCGUGUCGUGGGCUCGUGGCUUGGCCGGCCGGCCGGCGCGGCGUCCAUUGCUGCCAUCACCGGGGCGCGCGAGCUGAUCUCGCUCGCGUGGGCCCGUGCAUGGCGAGGUGGAGGAGAAGAAUGAGAAGGAGAAGAGAGGAGCGUGUAGUAUUACUAUUCCCUUCUGCUUCCCUUUCUUCUCCUUUUCCCUGCUUUUUUUUUCUUUUCUGGAUUUCUUGUGGCUCUUUUUUCCCCUUGUAUUGAUUCGCUUGCCAAAUGAACAGCAAGGCUAUUCUGUUGAUUGAAAGAGAUAGAGAUAUGAGUAUAGUGUUUCUUGUUUGAUCU